GGGAGAUCUCAGAGAUCCAGGAACUUCAUUGGAAAUUUUAACUUUGCCUCGUGGCAGUUUCGGUGAGUCGUGAAUAUUCAUCCCACCGGGGCUUGGCUUAGGGCUGCGGCCCGGCCGGGCGGGUGAGAGCGUUUGCCCCGCAGAGGUGGCGGACCGCUGGGAAAUACACGUGGGGUACUUAGUUACCUUAGGGGAAGCGCAGGGCUGGGAACUAGAAGCGUGAACAGAGAUUUCUUUAUUCAUUCUUGGAGAUCGGAAAGUCACCCUUAAUCCCAUUAUAAAGGAUCAAUAGAUGGGCCGGUGUUCCAGCUGGGGAAUGACGCGCGCGAAGGCCCCAAAGUGUUGGAGCAGCUCCAAGAUGACGGAUACCGGCUGGAAUUUAGAACGAUGAAGUCAUACGGAAGCGUCUCCUAAUUGAUGGAGAUGGCGCUGGAGAUGAUCGCAGAAUUAAUCUGCUAGUGAAAAGCUUCAUUAAGUGGUGCAACUCUGGAUCCCAGGAAGAGGGAUACAGCCAGUACCAACGUAUGCUGAGCACACUGUCCCAGUGUGAAUUUUCCAUGGGCAAAACUUUGCUGGUAUAUGAUAUGAAUCUCAGAGAAAUGGAAAAUUAUGAAAAAAUUUACAAAGACAUAGAAUGUAGCAUUGCUGGAGCACAUGAGAAAAUUGCUGAGUGCAAAAAGCAAAUUCUUCAAGCAAAACGAAUACGAAAAAAUCGCCAAGAAUACGAUGCUUUGGCAAAAGUGAUUCAGCAUCAUCCGGACAGGCAUGAGACAUUAAAGGAACUAGAGGCUCUGGGCAAAGAAUUAGAACAUCUGUCACAUAUUAAAGAGAGUGUUGAAGACAAGCUGGAAUUGAGACGGAAACAGUUUCACGUUCUUCUUAGUACCAUCCAUGAACUUCAGCAAACACUGGAAAAUGAUGAAAAGCUCUCAGAGGUGGAGGAAGCUCAGGAAACAAGCAUGGAAGCGGAUCCUAAGCCAUAGACAGGCUAACGCUCACCAUUCCCAAGACUACUGAAGUAGCAGUACUAUCUUAGUGUGUUUAGAAUUUGCUGUGCUCUUGAGAGACUUAAAGUUUUGACAGUGAACUACUUUGCUUUUAAAUGUUAAUGUACAAUUCAUAUUUCUUCACACAAAGGAAAAACUUCAGUAUAGAUUUGUUUUUUAUUGAAAUACCUUUUUUAUAAUUCUUAAAAGGUAGGAAGCCACAUCCAAAAACGUUUAAUAAAACUUUUUCAAGCCAGA